AUGGAUCUCUCAUUGAACAUAUCCGGUGCUGGCCCACUCAGCCAAAUAGGCCUUCAUAUCCUCAAUUUUGACACUGCUGUCCACUUGGCUUCUGGAGCGGUCGGGUGGUGGAAAUCGCGCAACCGAUCCAUGUCCCUGAUUGAAUCUAUAUCAGCCAGUAAAGCAUCCAUUGUGUGCGCCAGCAAUUUUAACACUGUUAGUUAUCGAGAGCGAAGGAGGCAGGUUGGUCUUGUGAGAGGGCUUGCGGUCCAGCAAGAUGAUUUGUGUGCAAUUCCUGGAAGCAUAGAACAGACCGCGGUAUCUAAUGACUCAGGCAUCGAUUGUAUGAGGGCGAUGACGACUGGUCUCCUUUGCUUCUACCAUGUCCAAAAAGUCACCGCCAUUCUUGCAGAAAUUAUUCCGUUCGGCAUGCUACAUCCAGAUCACGACGAUGAAGUUCCCGUGUUUGAAGGGCCUCUUCUUUCUAGUCUUCGAGACUGGGUCAUCUCUGUGGCUGCCGAGGAAGACUGCAAUACCUACAGAAACCACCUGUUGCAGUUGGUUUCUAGUGCACAAGAUGCGUUAAUUGGUGCUGAAGUAGUACAUGCUGAGCAUUUCAAUAACUCCACAGAUGACUCAAAUCAUAUACUUGGAGUCCUAAGGUGGAUGGUGACGCCACUACAUAAGCGGAAUGAAACAAGGUAUCCCACACGCUCUUUCCACGUAUGGAGAAUAGCGGUCGUCAUGUCUGAACUGGGAUUUGAUAUCUCAGCGUCCCUGGAGUUAAUUUUUUCAUCUUUCCAGUAUAAGCAUUUUCUUAGCGAUACGGAAAAUUCUAGCCGCUACUCUGAUGUUGCCCUUGUUACAACUUCUGUGGGUGAGACUGAUCCUUGGAUGUUUCAGCGGGUGCAUACGGAUUUUCUUAGGUUGCGACCGCAAGUGGUGUCCAUACGCAGCAUACCCCAUAUAUUAUUCAGCCGUAUCGCCAUGAACGAUGCUGACGUGACACCAGAGGAGCUAGUUGAGAUGUGGAAUAUUUCAUUUGACUUUGCCAAAAAGGCUGUGGGAGUUCCAUCCCUCAAACGAGGAGGAAAUGUUGAACUUCCAGUUGCCAGGGACUUGGAGCUUGUACGAGAAAAUCAUAAGCAUCUUAUUGGGAUAUGGUCGACUCACAUGUCACGGAUCCUCCGCCCUGCGAUGGAGUUAUAUAUCCCGGCGUCUUUUGGAGAUCCAUCAUGGUCUCACACGGAACUUCUAGCCUACUUCCAGCGCCAGAGGAACGGCGACCCAGCAGCUUCUGAAGACCGAGAAGUCAGACGCAAUGUGCACAAAUUAUCUGCCAUCCUUUUGGGAUCUAUAUACGGCGCCUGCGUGCAGUCUUUAAUUCCAAUGAGAGACGCAGAUGGAGAAGCAAGUCCGUCCGAUUCCCUGCAGCUCGCAUUUACGCCGGAGAAUAUCAUCUCGGAUAAGCUGUUCCAGUGGACAGCGUCUCUCGGCCUCGCACUAAGUGGACUUUUGGAAUCAAGCAGAUGGACUGGUCUUCUCCUUGAACUUGCCACGGGCAUCGAACAUACCCAACCUUUAAAUGAGCAACCUUCAGCUGGUCUGCUUGGACGCAGACUAAAUAUUACCCCCAGUCACGAUGGCAUCUUUCAAGAAUCUCAUCUAAGAGUUUCAGAUAUUUUCGGAGUGCAAGCGAACGGAGUGUUUGCUGUUUCUGACUUUGUCGUUCGACCAUCGACAAAUGCAGACAGCGCCUUAAAGUUCCACGUUGGAAUAGGUCGAAUUCUGAACCUACCAAUAGAUGGCUCGGGAUAUCUCCGGACAUCCCAAAUAAACCCGGCCGGGAUGGAGCUGCCGUUGAACCCUUCGCCUCAGUUAGAGAUUCUAUCGAGGCAAUGCGGUGCUGCCAGCAUACAAGAUGCCUUUCGGAUUGACGCAGAACCUGACUGGAAUGUGAAUGCGCAGACCAUUUGUUUUGGUGUUCGCCGCGCAGGUAUUUUGAUUUCCAUUUUGAAUAUUUCGCAAGUCUUGGAGAGACUUUACAAUAGAACGGUUUCCUGCACAUGUGGGGAGCCGCAAAUGGCAGUGACCGUUCCACUGUCCGAGCGAUGGCAGGAGGUCACAGUCUAUCAAUUUCUUCGACCAAGUUACCCUGGGGGUUCGAAAUUGGCUGCGUAUAUCAGGGACGAGGACAAGAUCAUUGUAAACGUGGAAGGGGAUGACAUGAAGCGGAUUUUCAUUGUGGGGACUUUACAAUGCAGGAAGUUUGCUGUUUGUAAGGAUUGUAUUCAUUGCGCCUACAACAGCAUCAGAAAUAAGGACAAGAAAGAAAGUGCUGCUUUAAUUGUAGGAUAA